GAGUCGACUCUGCUCUCACACAAACACAGAGACCAGACGUCCCCCGACAGCCGACCAGUGCAGCUGAGGAUGAUGAAGAUUACAGGAAGAGUCGCAUAUUGUGUGUCUCUGCUCUUUCUUCUGAACUCUGUGUCAGCUGUGAAAAAGCUCAACUCCAUCAGUGAAUUGAAGAGAAUCGACUUCGGCCGAUCUGUACCUGCACACACUCUCGUGCUUCUCCACUGGUUCGCCCACACGAUAUUCAUUGAUGAUAACAAUGAAAUACAGCUGACCUUCGACCCAAGAAAUGGAGAUUAUGGCUCACAUCAUUUCCACAACUAUGAGGCUUUGUUGGACCCUCCGCCUCAAGGUCAGCGCUACUACAUUGUUGGCAACGUUGAUCAACGCACAACAGUUCAGCUUCCAUCUCAUGUUGUAAAUCCUCCAGCUUUACUUGAGGGAGGAAACAGGGACAGGAUCAUUAUUAGAGUCAGGGGGCAGAGGAUUGACCAGGUGUACAUCACACAGCAUUCUCACAACCAGGGGACGCCAUGGUAUGAUCCAAACCAUACCUACCAGAUCAGUAAGGACCUCUUAAGACAGAUCAGAGAGUUUGCUAUGAGAGGAAACCAACGGACUCUGAUGAGUCUUCGGAACCGGUUUGGGAGCAACGCUGAUGUGUCCACCAUCAGAAACACAUGGGGGAACCUCGCCUGCCUUGGACUGUUUUUGUGUAUUGUGAUGAAGGGACAUGUCUACUUUCAGGAACAAAGCAGAAGACCAGAAAGUAGUAACAGUCAUGUAUCUACUGGGAACAGAGUGUCAGGCAUUAAGCCCACCUCUGAAUCCAGAAACAACAACCAGUGCCUGUGCAACCGUUUGCUUAUUGUCCUCUUCAUCAUUGGUUUACUUUUUAUGUUCUUCCUCAGCAACAGAGGGCAGAGGGUCUUUUGAGUUUAAGUCCAAUUUAGUCAGUCGUUCAACUUCAUUCAGACUAGAAUCAGUGAUCAGCACAUCUUAUUCAUAAGAGGAAGUGAUCAGUGGUUUAUACAUGUUUGUGUUGUGUUGAAAUAUCUGCAUUAAUUAAACUGAAUUAUCCGUCUGA